AUGAUGUUGAAGUUGAAUGGACGUGGCAAUAGUAGUUGUGGAUCUACAGUGAUUCCCAACUUGAUAUGGUGGUGGGUUGCUUUGCUUACCAACGUCAAUGGCAAGGUGGUAGUGGAAACAAGAAGAGAUAAUGAUGUGAAAAAAAGAACCAUAUUAAUUCUUGAACCAGGAGUGCAGACUUUUCAAGUUCCUUACAGAGUUUGUGCUUCAAAUUCAUGGCCUGGUUUAGAAACACCAAAAACACCAACAGCAGCAGGACCGAACCAUCUGCCCAAGAAUGGGGGAGAAAAGGCUACGAUUCUCAAGAGAGUACAUAGUCUUCCUCAACUAAGCUUGUUCAAAGACCACGGCGAUGAUAUUAAUAAGCACUCUCACUUUCCUCCGAUUAUGGUCUAUGGAGCACCCAAGAAAGCGGAGGAAUUUUCCACUAAGGAGAGUCUCAAGGGUGCACCCUGGAACUCUGCAGGCUAUAAGAAUCAUAGCCUCUUUUCACGGGAUGAUGAUCGCAGCACUGAUGAUUUGGAUGACGACAAUUAUGACAGGCAUGAGGGAUAUGGAGGGCCUUAUUCGCCUAAGCCGGUACAUACUAAACCAGCAUAUGACACUGAUUAUGGUAUGAGAUCCCCAGAAGGUGCAGAUGGGAAGCCUUCGUUUGUUCCUCCUGCUGGAAUGCAUCAACAGUAUACUGCUCCGGUCUCCACAUCACCAAAGAAAGACACGUACCCCGAAACAGCAAGAAAUAGGCCAAUUGGGCGUAGUCCUCCGCGGAACAAACCAGAAACUGACACUCGAUCCCAAAAAACCAGUUGGAAGCCUUUGUUUGAGCCUGCCGCUGCAAGUCAUCCACAGUAUACUGCUCCUGUCUCCACAUCACCAAAGAAAGACGCAUACCAUGAAACAUCAAGAAAUAGGCCACUUGUGCCGAAUCCUCGGCAGGGUAAACCAGAAUCUGACACUGGUUAUGCUUCCGAUUCCCCAAAAGCCGGUAGGAACCCUUCAUUUGGUUCUCUUUCUGGAAGGAGACCACAGCCUACAACUCCUGUUAAAGAUUCAUACUAUGAAACGGCAAACAAUAGCAAACCAGCACAUGACAAUGACAAAGUUAGUGCACAUGCCAUGACACGGCCAGGGAAAGAGGGCAAUCAACAGACAAUUGACAGCAACGAAGCUCGUAAGCGUUAUGGAGGCAAAGCAGUAAAUCAGCCAAAACCGGAGGAAGAAUACAGAGGAACAAUUGACUGUAAAGAGGCUGCAAGGAAAUACAACGGUGUCUUUGUGCCUUGA